AUGGAGCCAGUUACUACUUUGAGUUCAGACUCUGCUGAAUGUGUGUUUCAUGUGGAAGGAAAUAAAAUUGGUUACAUCGCCACAUUGAAUAGUUAUUCAAAGAUCUUAGGAAAACCUCAUUUGCAACACAAACUAACCUAUGAAAAUACAUCAAAAGGCAUUGGUAGAAUAUUUGUAAGUUAUAAUAUUAGCAAAAUUUCAAAUAAUGAGCCAGAAAAAGAAAAGCUAUCUUGGUUUUGUGGAACUGGAUUCUGUGUGAAGAGUAAUCUUGUUAUGACUGCAUCUCAUGUCCUUCAAUAUCCUGUUGAUUCGAAAGCAUCGAAAGAGAUUAAAGAGAUACAGGAAAAUCUUAGAUACGAUAAGAUUUAUAUAUACUUUGGCACCAAUGCCACUAUCAAUGAUGAGAUCAACCUUUCAGAGAUUGACCCCAAAUCAAUGUAUGAGUUAGAGUCGUGUGGAAAUUUUAGUUAUCCGAAAUAUCAAUUGAUUUCCACUGGACAAAACGGUCAGAAAUAUGCCUGGCAUACACUCAACGACUUACAGGUUCUCAGAUUCAAAGGAACACCACCAGCGGGCAUUGAAAUUCUACUUCCAAUGAUUCCAACAAACGAUGCAGAGCAUGACUCACACUAUGUCAUGGGAUAUCCAGGCCACGUAGAAUUGGAUCACUUUGUAUUGGAUUACAAGGGUGCAUUGGACCAACAUUUAACGAAGCUCUAUGACGAUCUGGUCCAAGAUUCUGCUAGUUUUCAGAAAAAAACAGUCUAUGUCGGACAAGUUGUUAGUUUCGAUAAUGUAUUGUCACACCAAUGCCCAACACUAAAAGGUACAUCGGGUGGUAUUCUUGCGAAUGGCAAUCGCCUUCACGAAAAGAAGUUUAUCGGAGUUCAUCUCGGUGGCGAUAUAGAAGCAGGAAAUAUUGCGAUAUCGGUGACACAUCAAUUAUUCUGGGAUGUUUAUAGAACCUAUGUGCUCGAUGAUCAAUUCAUUCAAAACAACCUUGAAGAUUUGCAACCUUAUUUAAAUUUUUGUCAAAAAUCAUAUCCAGCUAAAUAA